AUGGCAUACUCAACUCUCUACGAUCGAGGUAAAGCCGAUCAGGUCCUUGGCAUUACUUCCACCAGCAGUAGUCACCGUCGACGUACUCCAAAGGACUUCAUUCUCAUUAGCGAGUUCUCUGAAUUGGAGGGGCCUUUGGCGUUGGCUGUUGUCGCUGCUUCGACCUAUAUCGAUCUCAAAGAAGAGCAACACUUGCUUGACAAGCAACUACAACAACUUGACUUGGAUGAAUUCGAUUUCAACGCGUUUGCAUUACGAGUGGUCAGUGUCGAUCAAACAGCCGAACAACUGGAUGAUGGGGAUGAUGAUCAUCAUGAUGGCAUUGCAAAGGAAGAUGAAGUAGCAAGGACGUUUUCUAUACCGGAUGAUACUCAAGUUUAUACGACGGAUUCAAAGAAUCAUUGUUAUGCAUUCACACACCAUCUGACCUUGUUCGAUAUCAAUGCUCGUGGCUAUGUACAUCCGGUUGCUUUGUCCUACAUCACUUGCGAUCCUGACAAGAUGCUGACUCGUUUUGAAGAUUACACCGAGCGAUUUGACGAGGUCGCACGGCUUAUGAAAAAAGGAAACUUUUCAAACUUCGCCUUUGAUCUAAAAUGCCGCUUGGUGGAUUUGGAGCAUACACAAUCCGUUCUCAAAAGCAAGCCGAAUCCGGAUAUUUCAUCGGAUGCCAUGCAACAAGCCAUCACCGUCACUCGUUUAAUGAUUGAUACCGUGGAAUCUUAUGUCAUUCAGCUAUUGAACGAACCAUUACGGGCUGAAUCACCAAACAGCACGAGCGACUAUCACUAUUCCAGGAAAAGCUCAGAAGGAUAUCAAAGCACACCUGGUCCAAUGACACCCAACUCCAUCUCAGAUCUAAUGAUGAUGACAGCAAAGGAUGACAAGGAAUAUCAGCAACAAAAACAGGACACAUCACCACCGCCACCCGUGGCUAGCGUACAGCCAUUAGCAAUAUUCACUCAAGGUCAUGAGAAUCCAUCCAAUUGCUUAAUGGAACCAGGAAAUGACUAUAAGCCCAAGUACAUCGAGACCCUUCAUCCUGUGGCCCAUUUCGAAAGAAAGCUUCGAUCACUUGCACAACUAUGCCAGGAGCCGCAUCAUCCACCACAGCAACAACAACAUCAACAACAACAACAGAAAGAGCCAUCAUCAUCAUCAGCAUCAAACGAUCCAUCAUUGAGUAGCAGCAAUCAACAUAGACGAUCAUCCAACUUGAUGCCUGAAGUAAUCCCCCUCGUGUCAGCCAUUGAACCCAAGAUUGCAGAAGAAGAACAGCUAUCAAAACCAACCUUUGCAAGCACCAUCACCCACGACAUGUAUGCCGAAGCUAUCAGAUCAAUGAUGGAAAUGACCCAAGAUCUUGGUUGCAGCAGUGAAAUGUUGGAUUUGGUUGAAGAUGAGGCAGCCUAUUUACAGCCAUAUACGGGCACUUUGUCAGUGGGUGGUGCUUUUAUUAUGAAUAUGCGUAAUCCUCAGCCCAAGCAAGCGAUCCACAGCAGUAGCAAUAGCAGCAGUGGUGGCAGCAUUAGUCACAACACCAUCACCAACAACCCUGCUACUACUACAGCCGUUGUUGAGAAAAAGACGCAAGAGCAAUUACCAGCUAUUGAUGAAACAGAAUAUGAUGAUGACAACAAUGACCAAGGAUGCAAGUUGGAUGAUGACUUUUCAGCGGCAGCGGCACCAAGGCUGUUUUCAUCACCACUAUGGCAACAUCAUCAAGAGGGUCAUACGCACAUUGAUACGCUGAAACAUUUAAGAGAUAUCCUUCCACACGCAAUAUUCACAUUAUUGACCGGUCGUCCUGUUGUCAUUUUGGGCAAAGAAGAUAUGGUGCAAAAGGCGGUGCAGGCGCUGUCAGUGUUUGUACCAGGAGCUGCCAAGACACAACGUGCCGUUGUCCCCUGGUAUGAUGGUCAGCUUACGGAUAUCGAAUUGGGAUCUUUCAAGCUUGUGGGCGCAGCCAGUGUCGAUGCAAGUAUUUACAAGCUUGAUAUCAGCUGCUUGGAUCUUGAUUCGAAGCAACCCAAUCUUAUUACGAGCCCACUUUAUCUUGAAGGUCAAUGGGUCACACGUAUUGUAGAAAGCAUCAUUUUUUUCUCGAGCGACAAGGCAUGGCGAGCUCAUUUACAGACCAUCCUUAUGGAGAUGGCUCUCAAAGCCUUUAUAUACCAUUACAUGUAUACCCGCGAUAGUCAAAGCCUGGCAGUGGCUACAGCUGGUCUCCUAUCAUCAUCACAUCAUCAUCAUCAUCCAUCAAAAGCCUCUCGACGAUCCUCCCGAUCCACAGGCGGCGAGUAUGAUUCAUCAUCAUCGGACGGAGGUAGCCUUGCACGACGUUGGAGUGUACGACGCAUCAUGAGCUAUCUUCGUAGGAUCGAGGAACGACAAGGUGAUGAGAUACGAGCCUCCUUAUCAGAAAUGCCACUUGAUCAAGAUGCUGUUUACAACAGCCGUGACCUAUCGGAUGGUGAAAGUACCAGCGACACCGAAUCAAGUAGUAGUACCAGCAGUGCUGAGAGCAAUAAUGCAGAUGGCAUUCCAUUGAUUGAACGAAGAGGACGCAGGUUCCUUGCUGAAAAACUUGGCGUGCAUGGUGAUGACCAGAAUAUUGUGAUUUAUUUUGCCAGCUUAACUGAGGAUAUGUAA